GGCUUGUCAUACCAGGUGUGAUACAGUAGACGUCAAAACAUUCAUAAAUUUUCCAGUUGUCUGGUCCCACAUUCAUUAACGUUCUCUUGACUGCACCGUGCGAAUAACUUUCACGUAAGUGGAUACCACGAAAAACGAGACUGUCACCCGAAACAAAGGUGAAAUGUCAGCGGAAAAAGUCAGUAUCGUCUUCUUCGUAAUGCUAACUGCAUCAACACGUGGUAAGUGGUACUUUUGCGGCUGUUAACAGUUCGCAUUCUCUCAAAUGAUUUCUCGCAUAGGCGACCACCAUUCAUUUUCCGAGAGGAUGAUCAUCUGCCCAAAAUUCAAAGAUUCUUGAUAGAUUAUAGAAAAGACGAGUCACACGGUCAAAAGAAAGUGAAAUGAAACGUGAAAUGGAAUCAAAUAGACCCUUUGGAAUCAGGGGAGGCUGGUACGAUAUCACAGAAACACAUACAAACAACAUUGAUCAUUAGCAUGCAAAUAGGCAUUAUCAAUAUUGCAGCUGUAUUUCUUUUGGUGUUUGUGCACAUUUUCCUCUCAUAUUGGGUUAUCCUUUCACAUCACAAUAUACCUUAUUGUAUUGUGUGCUCCACAAUACAAUUGUCAGUAGAUUUCUAUGAUAUCUUAGCAUGGACCGAACGUUACACGCAAAUUUAUCAAACAAUUUGUUUUUCUUUCCUUGGCCUUCAUUUGUAGCAAAGGACAAGGUCUUUAAUGGCUCGACAUGACCUUUUAUUCGAAAGGUUCACUUUAAGCAAUGAACACAUCAACUUCUUUGCCAAACUUUUGAGUUCAUUUGCAUAUGUAACCGAGUUUCGUCUUAAAACACUUUUAGAAAAUCCUACUCUACACUUAAUUGAGACAAGUUAUGGGAUUUAUUUCAGGACAAUUAAGACACCUCGGAAUAUUAUAGACAUGCAAUAUGGAUUUCCUGUCCACUUUGAAAGUAACUUGAGCAAUUAAAUCUUCUCCCACGAAGUUUAUAAUUAAAGUUCUCGUCAGCAUUGGCAACGAGCUUUUGGAUGCUUUGUUGUUAGUAACUGCGGAACAGCUUCUUCUUUAUCUUCAGGUUACAAAUGGAUAAUACUAGAAUUACGCCCACGAGGUUGCUCUUUGUGCGAAAAAGUUAUUCUUUAGGCUCCCCGCACUGAGUUCUAAAACAUACGUACGUGAUUUGUCAUCCCCCUUUAGCGUCUCAUACAAGCAUUUUCAAAUCAAUAGCACCAAAAGUAUAUCGUCAAAAUCAACACUUAAGCAAAGGAGUAUGAUUUAAUGGCUACCAGCGAACUUAUGACUAAUGCUGCAGAAACCAAGAUAGGCGCCGUCCAGAUGGACUGUGAGGCUUGUAAGUAACAUCAAAAUCACCUUAAUUUAAACAUUGCAGGAUUCGUACUAAACAAUACGCCGAAAGAGGACAAUUAUGGAAAAUACGGCCCGUUUGAGGAACAGCCAAAAGUUCGAUGGGGCGUCGUCAUCCGCCGCCCAAGUUUGCCAGAAUCUCCAUCCACUGUUGGCACAACAUUUCACUUGUUUACCAGAGGUGGCUCUUGGACAGUUGAUGAUGAAGAUUAUAACAAACUGAGGGCCUCAGACUUCGAUAUCUCGCGACGCACGAUAUUCAUAAUUCACGGUUUCGGUGGUGAGUAUCUAUGAGUGCCCAAACCGCGUAAGCAAAAGGAAAUGUGUCUAACCACACUUAUCGGCCGAACUUUUUACUGUAAAUAAUAAACAAAUUCUGACAUACAUGCAUAGAAGCCAAGAGUUAAGGCACAAACAAAUUAUUUUGAAAAGAAGUGAAUGAUUCCAUAGAUAGGCAUGUGAUUCGAUAUAUGGCUAUUUUUUAUUUCUGUUUUGGUUUCUUUCUGGUUUUGUCUUUCAGAUGUUUUACUUCGUUUGCCGCUUGUUUCGCUUAAUUUCAUUUGUUUUUGAAGUCAAUUUAUUCAUAACGAAACGUUAUCGCAAAUUUUAAAACCUAUUUAUAACAUUUUAUUGUACUUUCUAUAUAUUAUAUAGAAAGUAAAAAUACCUGGGCGGAGCAAAUGAAAGGUGCCCUCCUAAAACGAGAAGACUGUAAUGUGAUAUUGGUAGACUGGUCUGAAGGAGCAAAAAACCAACCAAGCGUUGAUGUCUUAAAGGGCUAUCUUCAAGCUGCAGGGAACACUCGACUGGUAGGGGCUCAGGUAGCAGAGCUGAUAAGGUUCCUGAUUUCUAGUGAGUCUGCGCCACCUGACUCAGCCAAGAAGUUCUAUAUUGUGGGAUUUAGCCUUGGCGCCCAGGCCGCGGGGUAUGCUGGGAGUUAUUUGUGGAAUAAAGCCGAGAUGUCGCUUGGUCGCAUUACAGGUACGUUUUGACAAAAAAAAUUGUUUUAGAUAAUGACAUGCAUUAAACUCCCAACGAAAACCUUCGCUGCUGAAAUAAGUUCUCAUAAUUACGCCAGAAACCGUCUUGCUGACUGAAUUUUCAGACCAUAUUUACAUUUACAAACGCAGUGCGCAAGGUGAGGGCAUUUUGGCCUUUAGAUUCCGCGCUUAACGUUGUUUUGAAUCCUCAGUGGAGAAUAAGUCACUUUUUGGUCCUCGCAUUUCAUGGUCGAGUAUUCCAGAAAAAAAUCGGACAGAAGUUUAAUAAAGUAAAUUGAAUUUAUGGGAAAUUUUUAUUAAUGAAAUAAUUUUUUCAAUUGAUAUGUCUGGCAAAUCAGCCAAGGAAAGGAAAACUAUGUCGUUUAUUAGCUGGGGGGGUCAUUAUUCAUUACAGGGGGGUUGUGGAGGAUUUUGGAGGAUGAUAUGGUUCUCAAGGGGAAUAGAGUGGGGGUCAAUUGAUGCUAAUAAACCGAUGAAGUGGGGAUCAAACAAUACCAGAGAGCCUUAAGGGAGGAAGGGUAAAUUUUAUCGUGACACUCCCCCCCCCCUCAACCAGGUGAUAAAUAAUGACUUUGAAAGCUUGCUAAUAAAUGCUCUCAAAAAUCUUUGACCUGAACGCGUUGAUUAUUUCUCUUCACAGGAUUAGAUCCAGCUAAUCCCUUUUUUAGGAACGCUGGCGUUAACUACCGGCUCGAUCCAAGUGACGCUGAGUACGUUGACGUCAUACACACUGACAUGGAUGCCGCCGGGACAGAUAAAGUGACAGGUCAUACGGACUUUUAUCCAAAUGGAGGAAAAAAUCAGCCUGGUUGUAAGCACCAUUGGUUUGGGCUCGGUACGUAAAUUAGUCAUAAAAAGCAAAUCAUAACCUUGAGUCACACGACGUUAAGCAUUUUGCAUUCACUCCGAAAAAGCUGUCCAGGAUUAAGCCUAGUAGUCAGGUAGUAGACGAAACGAAAAUUACUAGUUGACACCGACCUCAAAUAUACGCAGCUCUAGAUAACAAAAAACAGGUCUUUUACUCAAGUAUAAGAUAAUUAAAGUUCGAACAUGGCAAAAAACGUCUGAAAAUUGAACUUUGCACAUAUUUCUGUGGAGUGUAAUCGGCAUAGAUUACUGAUUUCAGUCAGUCUAAUAAAGUGGCAGUUUUCUUUUUAAUAAUCACAUCGCAAGUUAACGAAAACUAAAGCAAUUUUGGGCUCAAUUUUCUCCAGACGUGUUGAAGGCUCUCGCCUGUGACCACAUGAGAGCUACAGAGUACUAUAUUGCAUCAGUUGUUUCAGCGUCAGACAAACCUGAUUGCUCCUGGAGGGCGUAUCCAUGUGCAAGUUAUUCUGACUUUGAGAAAGGAAGGUGUUUGACAUGCAAGGGGGAAUGUCCCAUUGUGGGAUACUUGGCUGACCAAACAGAACGAAGAGGAAAAUUUUACCUUAAGACGACCAGCAAAUCUCCUUUCUGCGGUAUGUAGGCCUCAUUUAUUCCUCUGGGUCUUCAGAAAAAAUGUUUAGAAGUACAUCAUCUAAGAUUUAUGGUUUAACCAUAUCACUUUGAUUUUCGAAAUUUAAAAUGUAUGCGCUAGCUAAUGAUACAGACCUUCGCAAUUCGGAAAAUACCCUCGCGUGAACAAAGUAUUUUUAAGUAACUUGUGUCGUAAUCUUUUAUGCUCUAUAGGGUUGAACUAAAGUAUCUCCAAAGACAAGAAUGCUGUUUAAUUCACUGAUGAGGAUAUUCUGCUGCUUCCAUGAUGGAUAGGGAAAUACAAUUAUGUUGUUGUGGUGGUUUAAACAAUAAUUUCUUAAACAAUUCAUUAAAAAUAAACUAGUGAGCAGCACUUUGCAAACAGUUGUUGUAAAACUUGUUUAUUCUCCAACGCGUAUCGUCCAACUGUUGUAGACUUCUUCAGGAAGUAAACACGAAACGUCUGUAUUUAUUAGCCGAAUUAAGCCGCUAUAACGUGGGACAAUGACCAUAAAGGCUUGACCGGAUUUACGAGCAGGAACGGGCGAAAUUGUAAAACUAUUUUUGAAUACUUUUUCAGAGCAAGGUGAAAAAAGAUAUUUUGGGGCCCCUUUUUUAGCUGAGAAACAAAAUAAAUUGCCACUGCGAUAGAAAAAUGCGAUAAGGAUUUACAUCUGUUUUGUUUUUUGUUUUUGUUUUUGUCUUUGCUUUUCUUUUUCCAAUGUAAACUUGAGGAUUCGAACAGGCGGGUAUUCAAAAUUGGACCAUGGCCGAAACUCUGUUUUGAUGGAAAUAUUGGGGGGGGCCAAAGGUAAAGGUCACGAAACACUUUGUUGCGAUAGGCAAUUCCUGACCUUUCAAAUUUUGCCAGCGUUCUAUUGUCUGAUGCAAAGAGCCUAUCAUUAAAAACACUGACGAUAUAGCAUAAACUUAAAACAACAAAAGCUACUAUCAUCUCCAAACCAGAGUUAAGAUGACACCCAAUUCAAUGAUAAGUGUCUCGUCUCGAUACUGAUGAAUUCGACAAAUCGACCUUUUUUCUAGUCAAAGAGUGAGGUAAAAAGCAAAGUAAAAAAGAAGCAGACGGAUAAAACCUGUUAGAACUGAAAAGCCCCCAACAUAAAGAAAAGGAUAAGGAAGAUAAAAUAGUUUUUAAUUUCAUUUCUGAGCCAGCCUGCGGAUAAUGAUUACUCAGCUGUUUCGACUUUGAGAGAGUGUGUCGUGCUUUGUUGAACAUCAGUACUGAUAUAUAGCUCGCUUUACUUUCCAUUCGAGUAAGACGUCUCGGCUCGGUGUUCACCUGAUAGUUAUAUAUAGACAUGCCUUAACUCAGUAAAUAAAGAAAUAAUGAUAUGCUCCGCUUCUUGUAAAAUAAAAUAUUUUUUAUGAAGGUAAGUAAAAUCGAUACAUUACAAAGCCUAUCGAAAAAAAGAUUUAUGAAAUACGCUCUUGUUAUUUCGGAAUAUUUACGUUUUUAAGCUGAUCAAAUAGAUUACAGGAGGAAGUUUGAUUUUGAAUUUUAUUAUUGAUUUCCCCGACUGAAAAUUAACCUCUCCAAAAAUCUACAGUAAACAGAGAAACGAUUUAAUAGGCCGAGAUGGCGGUUGGAUGAAAGUGGAAUGAGAUCGAAAUCAGUUUGCAUAAAGCAUCAAAUAAGCAACUGAAACAUCACAAAUACGAUUGUAUUAAGCAAAGUUAUGAAGGGAUCUUUGGUUCCAGAAUUAAGACGAAAUGUUAGGGAAAAACUUACUCUGAACGUUUGAACAAAUUUCUAAUUUCUAUUACUCUCUUUUCAUGAUUGGAACAAAAAGAUAAAGUUUUCAAAACCUCUCACACCUAGUGACGUAACGGAAACGAAAAUCAAACAAUAUCUCCUACUGAGUUAAGAAUUAGUUUUUUAUUGUUAAAACAAUCAAUUUUGUUAGUUUGCACAGCUGAGGUCUUUCUUUGAUACAGUAGUUCAAAAUAAGAUUACUUUUGUAGCAGAGUUCAUCUGUGAAUCACAGUAAGUCAAUCAGGUACCACUAUUGCAUCAAAGCCACUGUGGGACGAAAGUAAUGAGCGCUUUUCUAUUUAUAAUCACCUUCAUACUAGCAGGGUUGAGGGGCGGUGAGUAGUAACUAUAUAAAAUUAAGACGUGUGUUUUUUCCCUUUUCUAAGCUAUUUUGCACAAAGCGUAAUAACGCAGCUGAGAGUAAGUGUAUAUACUUUUCCUUAACAAUCUAGUUCUUCUAUUCUAUGAGCACGCUUACAUUGUGUUCGGAGAAGACAAUUUAGUCCUCGUAAAAAAGUUAGAACUCAUCUAAAACAUAGCUUCCCAGGUUUAUAUCGACCAAACUCUCCGUUUAUGUACUCAAAGUGAAGUAUUGGGUUCAUAAGCGUUGCUUUGAUGUUUGAAAAUUCGCCGAUGAGACUUCAGCCCAGUGUCAAUGCGUUUAAUUGGAAGAAAGAUGAACAAUAAAAUUUGUACAAUAAUAAUAACGAUAAAGAAUAACAGUAAAGGAUAUGUUAAAGCUAAAAUAAAAGACAAAGACAUGAUUGAACACAGUGUUUCAUGGCACAAGGGAAUGAUUGAAAAACAAAAUGACCUCUGAAAAGAUUCAUAUAUGUUUAUUUAAUACUAUCAUAGCUCUUAGCUGUGUAUUUCUAAAUAUCCUUGGCGCUUUAGAAGGAUGCUUGCCUUCAGUUUUAUUUAUUAAGUUUCAAAUACGAUAUUUCAACACUGCUGAUCAUAGCAAAAAAAUUUGAUGCAUUGCCUAGGUUUCCCAGCUUUCUUGAGUUCUUUGUAAUGAAGGAUGAUGAUCUAAUUGCUCCCAGUAGGAGUCAAACCUACGACAUUCCGAUUAUUACUUCGGAUGCUGUACCACUGAGCCUGCUAUGAGAAACUCAUGGCAGGCAAGGCUGUUUAACUAUGUCCAUAGAGACAAACUUCCUGCUUGCUACCAGAAUAGGAAAAUCGAUAUGUGAUGCUUCAGCGCAAUAAUGAUGUAAAUGAAAAUGGUUAAUUUAAGCCUGAAGCAAAAUCAAAAGUGUGAUUUUGGAAAGAAAUCAUGUUUCUUUGCCUCCACUUUCUUGACAUCACGGGCAACAUCUUUAUAUCUUUUUUUAUUGCACCUGGAUUAGCUAAAAGUACAAGGUGCUAUGGAAAGUAUGGAUGCUACAGCAACAAAGCACCUUUCAACAGAAUCGCUCUACUUCCUCUACCCCCCUGGGUAGUCAAUCCCAAAUUUCGCCUCUACACCAGAUUACAUCCAGACACUCCACAGUUUAUCGAUGAUAACGAUGUGACCAAACUUCAGCAGUCGAACUACAAUGGAACGAAAAAAACCGUUUUAAUAGUCCAUGGAUAUGUUGGUGAGCUUGCUAUUGUAAAAAGAAUGAUAGAAUGUUUCUAUGUGGCCUUAGGAAAUUGUAUCUUUUGUCAGCUCAAUCGAGAAUAGAAUAUUGGAUAUUUUGUAAUAAAUUCGCCGUGACAAGGCUUACGGGACCAUUCAUUAUUUAUCACUAGAGGGGGGGGGGGGUUCAGAGGAUUUUAGCCGGAGGGGGGGGAGAGGACACGGUUUACGGUUUUACGGGAAAACAGAGGGAAGGUCAGUCAUCACCAAAAGAGUAUAAAGGGGGACUAUAGAAAAUUGACUGAAAAUUGACUGCCAAUGGAAGUGGAUCAUAAGAAUGUUACAGAGCCUUUAGCAGGGAUCAGGUAAACUUUCUCAUGACAUAACCAAAAUCAUUCUAAUGACCGGUCCCUAGGAGAAUACUUUUGGAACGAAACAGAAAGUCAUGCCAUGGCCCACUUGGGAGAUGAUGGGAGAGGAGUGGGUGGAGAUAGCAGAUUUAUGUCAAAUCGAAGGGAGGAUUAUCUUGACUUAGUAGUAACUUAGUAGUUUUGUAAAACUAUUAAUUUUUCUUGAUUAUUGUAUAUAUAUAUAUAUGAAAGUUGGACAAGUCAAUAAGACAUGACUUUUCUGUGACUCUAAGUCUCACGCUUACGCUAUCAUCAACAGAUUUUCAUAUGUAUAUCAACGGAAUAUAUAUAUACAUAUAUAUAUAUAUUUAUAUUUACAUACAUACAUAUAUAUAUAUAUUUAUAUUUACAUACAUACAUAUAUAUAUAUAUAUAUAUAUUUAUAUUUACAUACAUAUAUAUAUAUAUAAGUUUUUAUAAAUAAUACUUUUUAGGGCCUUCUCAGAUGAAGAGCCACAUCUUUUUAUGUGAAUAUGUUGUGAAUAAAUCAUCAUCAUCAUUAUUAUUAUUAUCAAAAUUUAACCUCGAAUGAUGAGAAAUGAUAAUUAAUUUUUAUAAAGCUCUGAGAAAGAAAGAAAGAAAACAGGACUUCAUUACUACAGAUUUAUUUAUUUGUGAUAUUUUUCAUUUUUAUGAUUACAACUCUUGGCCACGCUUUUAGAAAUCAGGCCUAAAUGGAUGGAAUACAUAAGAGAUGGCUUGCUAAGGAACUUUGACUGCAAUGUGAUAUUGGUAGACUGGUACACAGGCAGCCUUCCACCCUAUGUGCAGGCAGCAGGGAACACACGCCUGGUAGGCGUCAUGAUAGCAGAGCUGAUCAAGUUCUUAAUAUCUAAGGCCCAAACCUCCGUGGAGCUAUUUCACGUUGUAGGCUUUAGCCUUGGUUCUCAUAUCGCUGGGUAUUGUGGGACAAGAUUGAAACAAGAGGGGCUCAUAUUGGAAAGGAUAACGGGUGAGUUCGGAAUAGAGUACGCAUGCUCUAAUCGCUUGUUAAAGGCAAGAACUACAUUCAUUUCUUCAUUUUUUUGAUGAUUACUAAUUCAUUUAUUCAUUAUUAAUUUAUCGUAAAUCAAUUAUUCAUUUAUCUAUUUCUUUAUUAUUUAUUAUACUUUACGUAUCUAAAAGCUAUUUUUCUUCUUCUUGCAAAAUCUGCGAAGGCCUGGACCCCGCUGGGCCACUGUUUUCAACAACACACCUCCUAGUGAGACUGGAUCCCAGUGAUGCUCGUUUUGUCGACGCCAUCCACACAGACGGUGACCGCUUUGGUUUGUAUCAAACUUCCGGUCAUUUGGACUUUUAUCCUAACGGAGGAUUGGACCAAACAGGCUGUGCAAGUGUCAGUAAUGGUAAUCAAUUUAUUGUGCAUGAUGGAUUCAUUGAUUAUUUUAUGGAAGAGCGGCCUGCAACAACGUUGUUGUCAUUGUUAACGUUGUUUGUCACCGAUAUCGGACCCUUGCCCAGGAUUAUACUACGCUAUCGGCUUUUUGUCAUGGGUUGAAUUCUUGUCUUAAUACUUUAUAAUCAAUUAUUUAUAUUUCUUUUCAGGUAUCCUGAGUCCUCUUUUGUGUGAUCAUUUUCGAGCCACAGAUUACUUCAUUUACUCGCUGUCCCAGCAAUGCAUGCAUUCCAUGAAAGGAUUUCCUUGCAGUGAUUCCAACGGAUUUGAUCGUGCCCGUUGUCUCCAAUGCAAAAAUGGAAACUGUCCUGAUAUGGGAUAUAACGCUGAGAAGUACAAUGACGGCGGUGGUAAAAUACUGGGAAGACAUUUCCUAUAUACCACCAAAAGUGUACCAUUUUGUGGUAAAUAUCUUGUUAAUCGUCUUUUGUUCGGGUCUGAUAAUCUAGACGCUAUUAUACCAAAGAAUGACCCUCGUAGCCCCGAGGAAGGGAAGCUAUGAAAAAUGUUAGGCCAAGAGGGAGAAUUUUCUGAAAUUAAUUUCACAUCCUUCGAAAAUCAUCGCCGUUUCUUAUCGGUCAUGUUUUACUAAUUUUGGAGCUUUCUUCUUUGAUAAAAAGGAUAUACUAAGUAAUUUCUACGGAAAAACAUUACUGAACUGUCCCAGAUCAGCUCUUCAUAUUCAAAUUACAUUUCCUUGCUAAAAAUUGGUGUAUAAACGAAAUUUUACAAGGGUACCAACUAGACGACUCCUAUACGACUGUUCGUCGUAAUUUCCAACCGCUAUUCAAUUUCGCUAACCAAAUUUUUUCAGAGAAAUUUUACACUCUUUUCUACCUCAAUUUUCUCAUUGCAGUUCCUUAUUACACCAUGAUCACAUUCAAGACGUCUUGGUCGUGGCUAGUGGGGUUAUUUCGGGCUCGCAUUGUCGUCAAAUUAAUUGGAUCAAACGGAGAAUCUGAUUACAUGCAGCUUCAAAGGUAUCGAAAUCCAGUUUGAGAAAUAUGACCUUUUACAAAAUAACGAUGACAACUUUCUUGAUAUUCCCUAAGACGGAAAUACAUUUGUUUUAUAAAGAUUAGUCUGUUUUCUCAAUUGUCAGUCGUAGUCUGAAGCGCGGUAGUGAUGAAACCUUCGUAAUGCCUGGAUUAAAAAAACUGGGGGCUUUGCAGAGAAUUCAAAUACAGCAGAAGUAUUUAUCCUGGCUGUUAAAAUGGAAACUCAUCAAAGUUACUGUGAUGAAGUCUGGAUGGACCGGAACGCAAUCAGACAGGAGCAACACACAGUCGUGA